AUGGCAGAAGAUCGUGAGGCACCCCCCAGUGGGAGCUCUCUGGCGAUGCAAGACAACCACAGGAGGUCCAGGAACGGCCGGCCACCUUUGCCAGCCCGAGACACAUCACCUGCCAGCAGACACAGCGAUGUGCAUUCCUCACAGAUUUCAUCUGAUAUGGUGGAUAGGCACAGGGACGUGAUGCACUUGGAUGGGGCUCCCCGGGCUUUUGAGAAUGAGGCAAGGCGGCAGGUUCAUCAUCAGGAUGGCCGCAGCCUGCUGUCCUAUGUGGGUCUUGAGCCGUUGUCUGGGGUGGGGGAACGUGGGCGUCAUGAAGCUCCUGCCAGGGGCCGCAAUGGGCUUUCCCAGGGCAUGGAGUUGGGCACAGUGCAGGAUGUGACUGAGCCGGGAGCCACUGCCCUGGAAGUGAGCAUGAUCCAUCAGGCCAAACUUGCAGCCAACAAAGUGCAGUCGUUUUGCUUGAAUCAGGAUGUGCAGAAGGUCUUUGGGUAUGUUGCUGUACUGUUCUUGCUGUUGGUUGCUGGCAGGUGCAUACAGUCUGCCCUUUCAGGUGGUCGCUACGAAAUUGAUGCUUUUCUGAGGACCGUGGGUAUGCAGCAGUACACAGCAGACUUCGCAGACAAAGGGUAUUCUUCUGUGCAUGAUAUACUCAUAGCCACAGAUCAAGACUUGCUGGAAUACGUAGGAAUCACUGUUGUUCCACACAGGCGGAGGAUACUGCAUCUUGCCCAGGAGCGCAUGCGGCCACGAUCCCUCCCCCCUGCCCUUGUAUGGACGUUCUGCAUAAUGUCAGGUCUUGUGGUGAUCGGAACAGGAGUUGCAACGGCAAUAAGCGCUCAGGCGCGUGAACGCAUAUUCGUCAUCAGUAUGUUUUGUGGACUUAUGACUUGGCAUCGGCUGAGGAUGUGGGCAAGGCUCUGGACGACUUUGGACAUCCGACGGAGCCCAAAGCUGCACUCUGAGAUGAUCGAAGAGCCGCUGGUUGUGGAACUACGUAGGACAGUCACUGGGUCCUCUGUUCCAAGCUCUGCAGCUGGUCAGCUGGAUAGCCAUGGCAAUCUACCAGCUUCCAAUCCGGCAGCUACUGAGCCGAACUCGAGGAACAGCAGCAGACGCUUGCUCAGUCGCCUGAGGAAGAACGGUCGAGGAUAA